GACAAAAUUGCAAAAAGCUAAAAUGCGAGUGUUGAAAUUUACAUUUCUAAUCUGUGCAUUGGCUGGAUGUUGGCAACCAUCUUCAUGGACAUCAUUAUUUAAACAUAUAGUAUAUAAAACUCACGCCAUAUUUCUCUUCUCUGCAUUAUGUACAUUUGCAAUGUCGCAAUUUAUGAACAUCAUAUUCAAUGUUGAUAAUUCUGAUGAAUUCACCGAUUCUUUAUACAUGAUGUUGUCCGUAUUCGUCGCAGGAUAUAAACAAAUUUAUAUGUGGAUAGAUCGAAAAAAAAUUAUGGUUGUAAUCAACAUUCUUACCAGGAAACCUUUUGCAAUAUGUGAAACACACGAAGCAAUGAUUCAACAAAAAUUUGAGAACAUGAUAGAGAAUAAUACAUUGCGAUAUUUGAGUCUCGUUUUGAUGGCGAUGAUAUCGCUAGUUGUGACAUCUGUUUUCACAGAAUUCACGAAACAAAACUUGACUUACAAAGCAUGGGUACCAUUCGAUUAUUCAUCCCCUGUUAUAUACUUUCUUGUGUACACUUACCAAUUGAUAGGCAUGGCAAUUUCGGGUAUAGUAAACGUCGCUUGUGAGAGUGUAAUUUGUGGACUUUUGUUGUAUAUCUGCUGUCAGCUUGAAAUUUUGGAAUAUCGAUUGACAAAAAUUACGCACAGUCAACACAUCCUGCACGACUGUGUUCGUCAUCAUAAUUAUAUCUUUGAAUAUGCAUGCACGGUGAAUGACAUGUUCUCAAAAAUAAUUGCUCUACAGUUUGCGGUGAGCAUGUUGGUGCUAUGUUCGAAUUUGUAUCGAAUGGCAACAUCGAGUUAUGUAAUCUUCAUUUCAUUGAUGAUAUAUACGGGUGCUAUAUUAGCACAAAUUUUUAUCUAUUGUUGGUUCGGAAACGAAGUCAAGACAAAAAGUCUUCAUUUGGCAAAUAAUAUUUAUAACAAAGUGGAAUGGUCGGCACUUAGCAAUAACUGCAAAAAAGAUCUUCUACUCAUUAUGAAGCGCUCAACAAUCCCUAUCGAAUUUAAUAGCAUGUACAUACUGACAUUAAAUCUUGAUUCGUUUGUAGCUUUGCUUAAGAUGUCAUACUCGGCUUUCAACUUGCUACAUCAAACUCAAAAAUAUCUUCAAUUGGUGAAUAACGUUUAUAAUAUGGAGUGGCUAACACUUAGCAAUAGCAAUAAAAAAGCUCUCGUAUUAAUUAUGAAGCGUGCAAUGAUUCCCAUCCAGUUUAGUAGUGCUCAUAUAAUGAAUGUCGACUCAUUUGUGGCUGUCACUAUUAAUAGACAAAAUUGCAUUAAAAAAGCUGAAAUGCGAGUGUUGAAAUUUACAUUUCUAAUCUGUGCAUUGGCUGGAUGUUGGCAACCAUCUUCAUGGACAUCAUUAUUUAAACAUAUAGUAUAUAAAACUCACGCCAUAUUUCUCUUCUCUGCAUUAUGUACAUUUGCAAUGUCGCAAUUUAUGAACAUCAUAUUCAAUGUUGAUAAUUCUGAUGAAUUCACCGAUUCUUUGUACAUGAUGUUGACCGUAUUCGUCGCAGGCUAUAAACAAGUUUAUAUGUGGAUAGAUCGAAAAAAAAUUAUGGUUGUAAUCAACGUUCUUACCAGGAAACCUUUUGCAAUAUGUGAAACACACGAAGCAAUGAUUCAACAAAAAUUUGAGAAGAUGAUAGAGAAUAAUACAUUGCGGUAUUUAAGUCUCGUCUUGAUGGCGAUCAUAUCGGUAGUUGUGACAUCUGUUUUCACAGAAUUCACAAAACGAAACUUGACUUACAAAGCAUGGGUGCCAUUCGAUUAUUCAUCCCCUGUUAUAUACUUUCUUGUGUACACUUAUCAAUUGAUAGGCAUGGCAACUUCGGGUAUAGUAAACGUCGCUUGUGAGAGUGUAAUUUGCGGACUUUUGUUGUAUAUCUGCUGUCAGCUUGAAAUUUUGGAGUAUCGAUUGACAAAAAUUACGCACAGUCAACAUAUCCUGCACGACUGUGUUCGUCAUCAUAAUUAUAUCUUUGAAUAUGCGUGCACGGUGAAUGACAUGUUCGCAAAAAUAAUUGCUCUACAGUUUGCGGUGAGCAUGUUGGUGUUAUGUUCGAAUUUGUAUCGAAUGGCAACGACAUCGAGUUACGUAAUCUUUAUUUCAUUGAUGACAUAUAUGGGCGCUAUAUUAGCGCAAAUUUUUAUCUAUUGUUGGUUCGGAAACGAAGUCAAGACAAAAAGUCUUCAUUUGGCAAAUAAUAUUUAUAACAAAGUGGAAUGGUCGGCACUUAGCAAUAACUGCAAAAAAGAUCUUCUACUCAUUAUGAAGCGCUCAACAAUCCCCAUCGAAUUUAAUAGCAUGUACAUACUGACAUUAAAUCUUGAUUCGUUUGUAGCUUUGCUUAAGAUGUCAUACUCGGCUUUCAACUUGCUACAUCAAACUCAAGAAUAGUAAUA